AUUUGAACUUCGGAAGUGUUUCUGCACUGCUAGUAUAAAAGGAUGCCUCUCCUUUUUUGAGGCCUUACCUCACAUAUACUCUCAGACGACUUCAUCAUGGCGGACGACAGGGUAGACCUCAUCAACAGGGAUCCAAAUAACAUAAAUCAACAUGUUCAGGCUAACUUUGAGGACGUUUUAGGGGAGCCGGACGGGACUCGCAGCGCUGACUGUGUAUGGACCUACAGCAGCAAAUGUUUUGAGGGCGGAAAGAGUUGCUGCUACAUAUUCUUGACGGCUAUGUGCGGGAUCUUUCUAGCGCUGUUCUGGGGUUGCGAAUUCGCAAUCAUCAGUUUUGAGCAAAUCUGGUGCGCCACGCCGGCAUAUCGCUGCUUCAGCAUUUACGCGAUCUACGUUCAGAAGUGCGUAGGAACCUACCUCAGCUGCUACCUGGGACCGAUCUGUGAAACAUGUGGGCUGUGUUUCAGCAGAAUACGGAUUGAGAAAACCGGAUAACCAGUUUAUCCGUACAUUUUACAUCCCGGUGACAACGUCAUUAAGUGUUUUUGUAAUGUCUUUCAUAUGAUCUAUUACAAUAUACUUACUUUAAAUACUAUUGUAAGAUCAUCUAUUCAUAGCAACUAUUUAUACUGAUGUAAGAUUAUCUGCUCGUUCUUUUUGGUUUGUAAUGGUAUUAAAGAAUGACCCGGUGAAAUAAAUUUUUACUCACAAUGAG